AUGAUGGUCCUGUUGGUGUGGAUGGGCGGAUUCAGAAACGUUUCGUAUGUACCAAGAUGGUUUGCAUCCGCCGUGAGUAGUUACCCAAAGAAGCCUAUGACUAAAUACGUUCGAUUUUCUAAAGAACAGCUACCCUUAUUUAAAGCACAAAACCCAGGUAUGAAAAAUCAAGAACUUAUUAAAAAAAUCGCCCAACUGUGGAGGGAACUUCCUGAUGCAGAGAAAAAAAUGUAUGAAGAUGCUUACAAAGCAGACUGGCAGGCGUACAGAGAAGAGAUAAACAGAAUUCAAGAUGCUCUAACUCCAAGUCAGAUUAUAUCUUUGGAAAAAGAAAUCAUGCAAAAACGUUUAAAAACGAAAGCACUAAUAAAAAAGAGAGAGUUAACAAUGCUUGGAAAACCGAAAAGACCUCGCUCAGCUUGUAACAUGUAUGUAGCUGAAAGGUUCCAGGAAACUAAGGAUGUUUCAUCACAGGUAAAGAUGAAGAUUGUAAAUGAAAACUGGAAAAAUCUCCCUACUUCUCAAAAGCAAGUAUAUGUUCAACUUGCUAAAGAUGAUAAAAUUCGUUAUGAUAAUGAAAUGAAAUCUUGGGAAGGACAAAUGGCUGAAGUUGGACGAGAUGAUCUUGUGCGUCGCUCAGCAAAAUUCAAAGAAAACACUGGCCACUAAGGAAUGUUAAAGUAGAAGAUUUGAGUCACGUUCACAAUGGAUAGACACAAGAAACCAAUUAAGUCUCAAUAUUUGAAGCUGUUGUAAAACUAGGAUAAAUUUGGUAAACAUUUUAUAUUUAACUCCUCUUUUUUAGCUCAUGGACUUAUGCCAGUUCAGUACAUUUUUUAUUAGUAUCAUGCUUUAGAAAACCCAAACAGGUAAAAAAAAAGUCAUGCGAAAUUUAGUUUGUGUUUAGGAACUACUGAGGAUCAAUAUAAUCCAUGAAAUGUAGUAGUGAAUCAUUUUACCUUUGAUAAAGGUAAAUCAGACUGUGAAGUUUUAUUAUACUUGAUG